CGCCGGGCCCCCAGGCGGAGCGCUGGGCCCCCAGGCGGAGCGCGGGCGGCGGGCCCCCAGGCGGGGCGGUGGGCCCCCAGGCAGAGCGGGGCGGCCGCCGGGCGCCCAAGGAGGGGCGGCGGGCGCUGGGCCCCCAGGAGGGGCGACGGGCCCCCAGGCGGAGCGGCGGGCGCCAGGCCCCCAGGCGGAGCUUACAACAUCUGGAUCGUCUGGAUCGAGAGCGGCACCGGGUCAUCUGGCGUUGGAUCGUCUGGCUCGACAGCGGGCAUCGGGUCAUCAGGCACGACAACGGGCAUCGGGUCACCAGGCAUUGGAUCGUCUGGCUCGACAGCGGGCAUCGGGUCACCAGGCAUCAGGUCAUUUGGCUCGACAGUGGGCAACCGCGUCAUCUGGCAAGGCAGUGGGCACCGAGUCACCAGGCACGACAGUGGGUUCCGAGUCAACUGGCAUGACCACGGGCACUGGGUCAGACAUUGGAUCGUCUGGCUCGACAGCGGGCAUCGGGUCACCAGGCAUCAGGUCAUUUGGCUCGACAGCGGGCACCGCGUCUUCUGGCAAGGCAGUGGGCACCGAGUCACCAGG